AUGGCUGAGACUGGAUAUGAAAUGUUGGAUGAAGAAGCCGAUGACUAUGGAGAUGUGUUGCAGUUGUGUAAGGAAGAGAUAAUGAAUAAGGCUUUCCGAAGCGAUGAAGCAGCAUAUGAAUUUUACAGGAGGUUUGGAAAAUGUUUUGGUUUUGGUAUUCGAAAGGGUGACUCAGAAAAAGAUAAAAGUGGAAGGGUUAUUUGUCGUAGAUUUUUUUGUAAUAGAGCCGGCCUGCGACAACAUCUUCACUAUGAUAGGCUAGAUAGGCAGAGAGGUCAUAGACCGGAAACGCGCACAAAUUGUGAGGCAAAGCUGUCAGUCUACCUUGAUGUGGUCAGUGGUAUAUGGAGGGUGAGAAAAAUAGUAUUGGACCAUAACCAUGAUUUAACUCCGGCAUAUAUGGUUCAUAUGAUGACGAAUUUUAGAGAAAUAAGUUGUUCUGCCAAGGCACAAAUAUCUAGUAUGCAGGCUCAUGGUGUUCCGAUGUCCAAGAUUCUGGGGUAUAUGGCUGGACAGGCUGGUGGCUAUUCUCUAAUGGGCUUCACUAAGAAGGAUGCUUACAAUUAUAUUAACAAGGCUAAGCGUGCAAAGAUUAUUGAUGGGGACGCCAACACGGCUGUUGUAUACUUGGAGGAAAAAGCGGGGGCAGAUCCGAUGUCGAUGGCUAGGUAUAAUCUUACUAAGGAUAAUAUGCUGACCAAUAUGUUUUGGGCGGAUGGUGGCAGUAGAGUUGAUUACCAAUACUUUGGGGAUGUUCUAGCCUUUGAUUCAACCUACAAGAAAAAUAAAUGUCAGAGGCCGCUGGUGAUAUUUUCUGGUGUGAAUAACCAUAAGCAGACGACAAUAUUUGGGUUUGUUGGUGUUAGAUGA